AUGGAUUACUCAUACGAUAAUGUUGUUCCAAGCUUUAGAUUAGAUGGUAGAUUAGCUAUCUUGACCGGUGGAUCAGGAGGAUUGGCUGCUGUGGUGUCUAGAGCAUUAUUAGCUCAGGGAGCACAAAUUGCUUUGCUUGAUAUGAAUUUAGAAAGAACCAAGGCUGCAGCAAAGGAAUUGGAAACAUGGGGACAAGAAUCAUUGAAAGGUGCACAUGAAAGCCCAGUGGGAGCUGUUUCCGCAUGGUCUUGUAAUAUUGGGGAUUUUGAACAGGUGGAAGAGUGCUUUAAGAACAUCAAUGAACACCACGAUAUGGUGGCUGAUUUGUUAAUCAAUACUGCAGGUUACUGUGAGAAUUUCCCGGCCGAAGAAUACCCAUCUGCCAAUGCUGAAGGUAUUUUGAAGGUCAAUGGAUUAGGUGCAUUCUACGUAUCACAAGCAUUUGCCCGUCCAUUGAUCAGCAGCAAUAAGAAAGGAUCCAUCAUUUUAGUUGGGUCGAUGUCUGGAACAAUUGUGAACGACCCACAACCACAAUGUAUGUACAACAUGUCCAAGGCAGGUGUUAUUCACUUGACCAGAUCAUUGGCUUGUGAAUGGGCCAAAUUCAACAUCAGAGUUAACACUUUGAGUCCUGGAUAUAUCUUAACCCCUUUGACCAGAAACGUCAUUUCUGGUCAUUCCGAUAUGAAGGAAGCAUGGGAAUCAAAGGUCCCAAUGAAGAGAAUGGCCGAACCAAAGGAAUUUGUUGGCUCGAUCUUGUACUUGGCCAGCGAGUCUGCUUCUAGUUAUACUACAGGUCACAACUUAGUUGUUGAUGGUGGCUACGAGUGCUGGUAG